AAACUAUUGAAAUGGCACAUGGUAUCGUUCAAUCGGCGACACUGUCAAAAAAAAUCAAAAUAGUCACGAUAGCUUCACUUCGAACAUCAGAAUGGCCUGCAGAGAACAGCAGUGCGACAGCCGACACGAAUACUACCGAAUCCGUUAAUGAAAUCAGCCCAGUGUCUUACUUCGUGCUCGUAGGCGUGAUGUGUCUGGGAGUUCUGUGUGCUAUGCUGCUACUUGUGCAUCCCUCAAAAGUCACCAAAUCGAACGGGGAGAAAGUACACAUCGAGCCAGCCAAGCCCUUCCAGGAAGAGAUCGCCGACACGUUUUCCUUACUGACAAAUGCAAAAAUGUGGUUGCUCUCGCUUCUCUUCGUGCAGUCCAAUUGGUAUUACACAUUCGAAUUCAACGCGAUCAAUGGAAGUCUUUUUCAACCAGCUUCACGUGGACUAAACUCAGCUAUGUACUGGAGCAUGCAGAUGCUUGGAUCAAUUGUGACCGGUGCCAUUAUCCUGGAUCGAGAUUGGGGGAGCAUUCGGAACAGCGCUGUAUUCGGGCUUGCAUUCGUCGGCGUUGUCAAUAUAGUGCAAUGGUCGCUUACCGCGUACUAUCAGUUUGCGAACGGCUAUGCUAGAGGAAACUUCCCAGAGUCCUUAUUCAGUAUCACUACUGGAGGCAGCGACUACUGGGUGCCGGCGGCCCUUUUUGCUUUCAUGGGGUUCGCUGACGCCUGUGUACAAACAUACGCAUACUGGAUCAUUGGUUCCCUGUCGGAUUCCACCAACAUCACAUCCCAAUACUUCGGCUACUACAAGGCCGUUCAGUCGCUAGGAGCUGCCGUGGCUUGGGGUAUUGAAUUCGGAGGAGUCUCCUAUGACGUCCAGAUGGUGAUAUGCACGGUUUUGGCCGUGGUAUGCCUGCCGCCAGCUUAUGUGGUAGCCCUGCGCCUCACAGAUUUACCAGCCGUUCCCACUGCUGCUGGUGACAUCGUUAGGUUUCCCAUUGAUGAUACACACAACGGGCUACAGCAUGUUUUCUUGGACACUCUUGAAGACUAACUGCUUAGCUGCCUGUGAGAGUUACGUUGCAUACUCUCUAGAAGUUUCGUGUGCACGAUAAAGGACUACUGCUAUACUCUGGCAGCCGAGACUUGCCAAAACAUUGCUACACGUGGCACAGCUAUAGAUACGUAGAAUUCGUCCAGGAAUCUUUACUUGCGUACAACUGGUAAACAAACGUACUGAGCGCCAUCCUGAGAAAUUCGAAGCGCAUAUUCUUCAUGCGUCUGCCUUCCAUCGAAUGAAUGAUAUUAAACUAUAGUAGUCAUUCGAGCGGCCGGAGAAGGUGCCCAAAGAAUUAACAGAUGUAAAUUAAAUAGAGGCCACAACUUUACCUAUCGAUUAUAUUAUCAAGCAAUAGUGCCUCCGACGCAAAGUCCCACUUGUCUGCCUUCUUCUUGUAAUCGUUCGAAUUGAAGAGUAUGCACUGAAUGCUCCUGUUCCCGCGAAGGGCUGGGUCGCACACUUCGCGUACCGUAUCAUCACAGAAUAACACGGUAGAGCCUUCGGGAAGCUGUAAGAGAACAAAAGGAAACAAAUUGAGAAUCUGCGAGGAAAACCAGAGGAGCAAUAUACCGGUAUCGUAACACUAAAGACGCCUACAUGAAUUUAUUCAUUUAGAGUAUCGAAUGGGGCGAUAAAAAUAGAGGUACAUAGCCCAAGCCCAAUCGCAGAAACAAAUCCAACGAAGUCGAAAAUAUUUACUCCCUGGAUAGAUUUCAAGAUUUUAAUCCAACGACAAGUAAAAGGUUCUUUAGAAUUCUACCUGUGAUAUUUUCUUCUGAAU